GGUCUGGUGACGUAACGCCGGUCGUUGCGAACGCUCUGACAACACAGCUAGUGUGUGUGUGUGUGUGUGUGUGUGUGUACGUGUGUGUGUGUGCAGCUCAGGAUUAGUUACACAUCUCCGAUGCAUUCCUAAAAAAAACCCACGCACCACCACAAACACACAGCCCGCUCUCGACAAUGAACGCCGUCACCGCCGCCACCUGCCUGCUCGCCGCCGGCGUCAGCUGCUACCUCUACGGCAGCGAUGUGUUGUUAUCGCUGCUCCGUGUCUCUGUUGCAGACCCCUCCAUGCCCGAGCCGGGAGCUGCUCCGCGGCGGAGCCCGCAGGGAGUCCCCUACACCGACCUCCAGCACAUCGUCAACGCCGACGGACUGCACCUGUUCUGCCGCUACUGGGAGCCCGCCGACCCGCCAAGGGCUCUGGUGUUCAUCGCCCACGGGGCCGGGGAGCAUUGUGGGCCGUACGAUGAGAUUGCGCAGAGACUGAAGGAACUGUCCCUGCUGGUGUUUGCACACGACCACGUUGGCCAUGGGCAGAGUGAGGGAGACAGGAUGAACAUCAAAGAUUUCCAGGUUUACAUCAGAGACUCUCUGCAGCACAUUGACGUGAUGAAGGCUCGCCACCCGGACCUGCCCGUCUUCAUCGUGGGUCACUCCAUGGGCGGUGCCAUCUCCAUCCUGACGGCCUGCGAGAGGCCUGGCGAUUUUGCAGGAGUGGUCCUGAUUGCUCCGAUGGUCCAGAUGAACCCAGACUCUGCGACACCGUUCAAGGUUUUCCUGGCGAAGGUCCUGAACCACAUGCUGCCCAGCCUCACUCUGGGCUCCAUCGAGUCCAAGUGGGUCUCAAGGGACAAGAAGCAGGUGGAGGCGUAUGACACCGACGAGCUGAACUUCCACGGCGGCAUGCGGGUGUCGUUCGGCAUGCAGCUGAUGGGGGCGGCGGCGCGCAUCGAGAGGGAGAUCCCGUCCAUCAGCUGGCCCUUCCUGCUGCUGCACGGCGACGCCGACAAGCUCUGCGACAUCAGAGGCUCCAGGAUGAUGCACGAGAACGCUCCGAGCUCAGACAAGAAGCUCAAGGUCUACGACGGAGGCUACCACGCCCUCCACCACGACCUCCCAGAGGUGGCUGAGUCUGUGUUGAAGGAGGUGACCACUUGGAUCACGGAGCGCCUGCCCGCCACGACAUCGCAAGAACCGCAAGGCUCCUAGAAACAUGAUUCGGCCAACCAUCCCCCUCGUCCCCCACCCCCUUCCCACCGGCUGUGCUCCAGGGCGACUGCCACCUCCAGCAGUCUGUCAGGCUUAACAACACUACUACACUCUCUGGUCUGGGGACAUACAUUUGAGCAUAUAGACUGAUAUCAAUUUCUAUGUAUACAAAGUUGACUGACUUAAUCCUCUGGGCAUGUACUUUGAAAUAUAUCCACCUCACCCUGUCAACCAACCCAGGUUACACUGAUACGAAUUAGAUGAUGGUGGUCAGAAACCGCGUCUUAUCGUGGGAAGCGGUCCCUUUCCCUUCAGAGCUUCAGGGAUGUGUAUUUGGGGUGAUGGGUUUAUUUAGUUACUGUUGCACCCUUCAUCGCCGAGGUGCAGCUCAAUUACAGCACAGUUCAAGCUGCAGUAUGCUGGGGUUCAAAGUGCAAUAAUGACGUUUCCAUCUCCUCGUUCAUACACACAGGUCAGAUUGUUUCAGCAGCCCUGAGAAAAGUAAUGUGAUACGUUAUUAAUCCGCGCGGGGGCAUUUAGUUUUUUUGGGGGGUUUUUUUGCACAUUCAUUCACAGGCAGGUCACUGGUCAGGGUCAGCUGCAGGGCAGCACCUCAGGAGCAGCACAGCCAGGUCCUCACGCUGCUUCGCUGUCCUUCAGCGGACACAGUGGAUACUGAGCACAUUUUCAGUGAGGCGGCGUUGUUAGAGGCAGUUUCCCUUUGCAGAUUUUGUGGUUCAGGAGAAACUGUCAUCUUCUCAGAAAGCAUCGUCUCUUCAAAAAUCUCCUCCGCCUCCUCCCACAUUUGCGCAGUUUUAACCAACAAUGCGAGAUGUGACAAAUGCAGCUCUCGUAUAGAGUCACCCUGAAACUUCUACUACUGGAGACGUGUGAUUCUGCAUAUAUCACACAAAUACUCCCUUCUCCUGACUUCGUCCAAAUGUCCCUCGACAGGUUCAAGCCUAGUCCGAAUAAUUAUAUGCAUUUGGUAUCCAGCAUUUAGUGACAGAGAGACCAAACAACAAAAUCAUUUCCCAUUUAAAGUAGUAUGCCUCUUUUUUUUGAGCCUAUCUGAAAAAUUAAGCAAAUGAAGCUUCUCACUCUGCCGGUGGGAAUUAGAAGGAAAUGUCAAAAGGUCUCUCGUCGGUGUGACCUUUGAGCUUUCGGGUCACAGUUGACUUCACUGGUAGGGUCUCUCUCUGGAGCGGUAACUUCAUCAAACCUCUGACUGCAGGCAGGGGGCCCAGCUGGGGGACGUGGGAGAGCACAGUGCUCUGUUACUGCAGACAAAAGAGUAGAUCAUCUGUUAGCGUGUGCCAUUCAGUGCAGACUUUUCAUCCAAACGCACCUUGAAGUUAUAUGGCUGCAAGUAUUUGUAGCAUGGGUGGCCACAGCGGGAAUCCGAGCCCCUAUCUUAUAACAACGUCCGGGUCGUGCUUUUUAAACAGGAAGUCCAGUAGAAUAGAAUCCAGACGAGACAAAGGAGGAAAUGUCUAACCCCCCCCCCCCCAAAAAAACAUAUGUUGUCAUGUCUAGAAUCAUCAGCAUCACCAUCAACAGCUGUGUUCAGCCUGACCGUAGCAAUAACAUCAGCGUAUAGUCUUGUCUGCUGUUAAUUAUAAGCUAUAGACAGACUGCCCACUGAGCUCAUCCACCUGUCUGUAUUGUCAGGUGGACUGUAAUAAGCAGGUGUCGCCACACGCGCGGGGCUUUUUCCGCCUGUUCAUCGAGCACGAGAAAGUUUCAGCAGCACGAGUCGAGGGUCUUUUUGAAGCUGCACAUGUCCGUCCGCCCCCCCAGCAUCAGUCACAUUUCUGACUUGUGUGGCGGUUCAGACAUCCAGUCCGUUUCUCUGUGUGUUGACUUCAGACACCAUCGGCGUCCUGUAGGAAAUACAUCCAAUGUGCAGGAGACUCCGCCGUCACCAUGGCGAUGUUAUUCAUCAUCACCCAGAGUUCAAAGGGACUCAUGCAGGGAGAGCAGGGGCAGCAGGGAGCUCAUGUGUAACCACGGCAGCAGGCCAGCGGCGCGGCCCGUUUUACAUGUGCAGUCGCCAGAGUGAUCACAAUGAGACUGGUGGAAUGGGAUGAAUGUGUGGUCUCUCUCUCUCUGUCUAACUUUCUAUUCCCUCACUCUCCCUAUCUCAUCCCGUGUCACCCCGUCUCACCACCUUUUUUUUUUUCGUAGUUGCUGUGGCGACCAGCGCUCUUUGUUCUGUCCAUCACAGAGCCCCUUGUUCUGUUACAGAUUCAAACAUCUCGCGCUGUCAGCUGCACGUACAGUACUGCCCCUAGGGGUCAACUGUCAGAACAGCAACUGGCAAAAGUACAGUACGGUUGUUGUGACUGUAUUCUGGUUCUGUCGGCUGAGCAGUGGCCUCUGUUUGAACAGAGGACACAACAGUUCUCACCCCCGACUCCGCUGAGCGUAAAUUAGUAUCUUACCCACGAAAUGGCUUCAGAAAGCUGACAUCUCUGAGGCUGUAUGCAAGACUGUGACCUAAAAUCGCUCUCUGCUGACAAUUCCCAGCUCACAUGUGUGCUGUUUCUAUUUCGAAUCGUCUCUGUUUGCAAACUGUUCCCUGAUCUUGGCUGCGAGUGAACCUGCUGGGCCUCAGAGGAAAAGGAGAUAUGAAUCGACUGGGUUCGACAGGGAACGUGAGGCAGGGCAAGGUUAUUUAGCACAUUUCUUCCCAAAAUCCAAUUUAAAAUGCUUUGCAUAAAUUUCUGUUGAAUUAGAAAGACAUCAUAAGACAAUAAAAACGUAGAAGCACACUUGAAAACCCGGGGGGGAAUAUAAAGAAUGGAGCGCAGGAUGUAAGCGCAUCCUCCUCUGUGUUCAGAAGACAUUUUGUCAGCCCAAAUAUCAGGUUACGCUGAGAUGUAAUGUGUUCGUCAGUCCCGCUGGGAGUCAGACCCUUAACCUCAACCGGAGCUGCGGGGGGGUUUAUAUCACGAGCACUUGAAACACAAAAGACUCCUGAUUGGGCUGCACAGUCCCAGUUGUAUUCAGACUCCUAAUAGCACCCCUGCUACCUAACAGUAAUAUUCAAAGAGCUCUACCUGUCAGACUCCACGAGUGCAUAUUACUGCUGCCGUGAGCUACGGAGGUGGAGAUGGAGAAGAGACAGGAGAGAAGCUGUCAGUAACCAUGGCAGCACGCUUUCAGCCGGUGGAAAAUGUGUAAUUGUUAAUGGUGCGGGAUGCGAAGCAGACGUCGGCGCGCUUUCGGAGCUGGUUGUCCAUUUUGCUGCUCCGAGGAUUCCCUUUUGUGCAAGCGUCGAGAUAAGAGAGCAAACAAUUACCGUCAUCAGUUCACAGUGAAUGUGAAUAAUAAGAGCUGUACACACACACACACACACACACACACACACACACACACACACACAUUCACUCGCCGAAUUCAAAUCAGGCUCCAUUGCUGUUUGUACUGAAAUUGCACUGUAAAUUCUUGAAGAUUUUAAGGCCAAAAUGUUGCCUUUUUUUUUUUGCCAGGACUGUGCAUCCAUACUUUGUCUUGAUUCAGGGUUGGAUGAAAGAUUGAAAUUAAGGAGCAGAUUUCAUUCCUACUCACCUGUAUUAAAGGUGUGUAAUCCCCGACACAGUGCUCGCAUCUUGUAAAGCCAACACAAGCAUGAAUCGCAUGCAGGUUUGCCAUACUGAGAGACAGCCAUGUACAGAUGCAUUGCUCUGUUAAUAUGUAAUAAUCCACUCGACUGUUAAUGUCCUUUUUUUAUUUAGGACGGAAGUUCUAAGUGAGGCAGAGCAAAAAAUAUAACCGAGGCAGGAAACCGCUGAAUCUAAUCGGUCUGCGGCUUUUUAUAACAAAGCGAAAAUUCAGUUGGCCUGCCAGUUUGUCAAUGGGGCCGUUGUUUUUUUUUUUUGUUUUUGUUUUUUUAUCUCGACUUUAUGACUGUUUCUAAGAAAAGAGCUGGUGUACAUGACGGAGGACUAAUAGGCACAGGGCCAGUAUUUCUGUAACUUUAUGAGAUUAAAGAGCGCUGGAGAGAUUCAGUACAGAGUUUGCAUGAAUGAGUCAGUAACGAACAGCGAGAAUUGAAGAGGUUUUUUUCUCCAAAAUGCUGUGAAUGCAUGAAAAAAAAAAAAAAACGCAUCGUAUUUGAAGUCAGUCAUUCUGUCUGUAAAUUACGAAAGUUCCGUUGAGUUGUACACGAUCAUUUGGUCUUUGAAAUGUCAAAAAAAUUUAUUUAAAAAAAAAGAAAGAAAAUGCUUGCCUAGAGUCCAAAGUGACAUCUUGUCAUUGCUUCUUUUUACCAAAACCCAGAAAUUCGAAAUCCAAUAGGUUCCCUAUUAACUUGCUUUCCAUCGACUCAUCGAUAGAUCUGCUCAUCAUUGCAGCAGUAAUAAAAAUGUCUUGAUGAUGUUGCAUUUUGGACAAAACCCUGAUUCAAGUCUCACUGCUUUUAUCAACAAUUAUGGAUUUAUUUCUAAUGGCCGUACUGCUUGAUAACUGAACAUAAUUGUAAUACACUGUUUAAUGGCAUAGCAUUGCUAACAACACUUGACGAAAAAAACACACACACAAAUCAAGACUGCGAUGUAUUUCACAUAUCUUUUAUUUAUCAUGUCUAGAGUAUUUAUAGGAAUUAAUUUUAUGUAUAGGCUACUAUAUAUUGAUUAUACAUCAUGAGAAGGCACUUUUUAUACCAUAAACCAGCCAUAUUGUGUCAUUUUUACUUGUUGACGCUCGGCUACAUGAAGCUCCAUUACACUUCUUGAGAAGGAAACUGGUUCGAGGUUGUAUGUAUGUACAGUCAGCAAUCCCAAAAACAUGUGACAAUGUUUCUGAUAUGGUUUUGCAUAGAGAGUAUUUUACUACUGUCCGUUUAGUCGUCGUCUUGCUGAAGAAAAAAAAAAAACUCAAGUUCUUGUUGCAGUUUGUCACAGAAGUAUGAAUGUUUGAAACAUCUGGUAUGAAAAUGUUUUCAUUUGGUGACAGGACCUAAACAACCAGGGUGUUAUUGCUGCAAGUUUGGGGGAAAAUCUUGUACACUUUUUUCCCCAGAUUUGCUUUUCAGGAACUUUAAUCGUGUCUCUUUCUAGUUUCUCUUCUUAGAGGUAAUGUUAGAAUCACACAAACAUGAGGGAGAGAUUUAACGUUGCUCUCUCCAAGACAAUUAUGUCGCAGUACAUUUGAGGACUAAAUUGCAGGUAUCAGGUUUUUUUUAGCAUGUUCCUGGGAAUAAUACGCCUUGGAUUCAUUUGACUUCUAUAUUCUAUAAGGAUUCUACAUUUUAAAGAUUUCAAAAAAACAAAAAAAACAAAAUAAAACAAAAAAACUAUUGUACUUUUUAUUUUUGGAUUGUUUGGUGUUGUUUGUGCCUUAUUAAUAUGACAAAUGUGUACCUGAGCGUGUAUGUAUGUGUGUUUUGAUAUAGAUGAAGUGUGAUGAGCUGCAGAUCUGUUACUGUGGAUGUCACAUCUGUUUCUGUUUCAGUAAUUGUGUCUGUCCUGCUUGUCUUUCUCCUGUUUGUCUCUUUCUAUCCAUGUCUGCCUCUUCGAGUUUCUGUCCAAUCAAGGGUUAAGCAGACCUGGGUGAAAAAAAAAAAGAAAAGAAAAGAAAAAAACUGUUUUUUAAAUCUUUAAGUACAGGCUGAGAUGUAGCUUAGAAAAUACCUCCCAGCUUCUUUGAACACGUGUUUUGUUUUAGCCUGCCUGAAGACGCCCCCAGUAUCAGGAGACAUGAUACUGUACAUUAAAGAUGAGGCUCCCUUGCUUCGAGUGCUCUGUGGCAUAAUGACUGUAACAUUUGGAACUUAUUUGUUUUCAACCAAGAACAAGAGAGUUCAGUCCAUCACAAAAUAACACACGGAUUUGUAAGAGGACAAGAACCAGAUGUUCUCCAAGAAUGUUCUGUACUGAAUGAUUUCAUGUGUCCUUAUUUGUACAUGUUGAGAUACUGGGGGCGCAUUUGAAAUUUUGGGUCGAUGCAGAAGCACUGAAUGAAAAUAAACAAGUUGUCUAUCAACAGGAUAGAUUCUCUGGACCAACCAACAAAAGGCUGUAUAUUAAGUUUUUCUUUGUUUUUUUUCUGUGUUAAAAGCAUGAGAAUUGUUCAAUGUACAUCAUGAACAAUCAGGAAGGAUUUUGAAGGAGCACAGCUAUCUGAUGUAGAAGCUGAGGUGAAGUGUUAUUUGAGAGGAGAGGUCAUCCCAUCGAGACUUACAGUGUAACAGUGUUUAUAGGCAGCACCUCAUAGACCACGCAACUUUAGGUUGAGGCGUCACAUUCUUGAGUCUUCCUUGUAAACUAAUGUGUUGUUUGUUUCAACAGUUCACUGUAUACUGUCUGACACUUUAUCUCAGUAGUCCUGUGCUGAUACUCGACAGGUGGCGUCAUUUGACAAAAAAAGGAGACUUUAAAACCUUCAUUUAUCCCAAAUUUAUAUAUUAAAACAGACUUUUUCACCGAUGCAUUGAUGUCACGUCACGACAAGUCGAGUAUCUGCUUUGGACAAUCGAGCUAAAGUGUGUUUGUGACAAACCAUUGUACAUAAGAUGUAUAUAAAGUGUAAUAACGGAAUUACUUCUGAAUCACUGAAAGUCAAACUGCUUGUUACUAGAAUGUUCAUAAUGUCCAUAAUCUCUUACAGAAUAAACUACGAGACUGUUUAA